AAAGUUUUGAUGACGUGACCUUCCACUUACAUCCGGGUCUCUUGUACAUCACGACGCGCAGGCGCUCUCUCUCCUCCACUGUGGUUCGACCUCUGCAGUCGAGAGACCCGGGCUUCUACCAGAUUUGACCGAACCGGUUAAAACUACCUAAAGUACAAGAUGUAUGCCUGUGCAAAGUUUGUGUCCACGCCGGCUGUGGUGCGUGCUGGUUCCCGGGCUCUUUACAGACCCCUGUCUGCCUCUGUACUGUCCAGGCCUGAGGCCAAAACAGAGAGCACGGUUGCUGUGAUGCCACAGAAUCCCCUCACCCAGGUCUCUCUGAGAGGCUUCCAGACCAGUGCCGUCAGCCGGGACAUUGACACUGCUGCCAAGUUUAUUGGAGCAGGAGCUGCCACAGUUGGAGUUGCUGGAUCUGGUGCUGGAAUUGGGACUGUGUUUGGUAGUCUCAUUAUUGGCUAUGCCAGGAACCCAUCUCUGAAGCAGCAGCUGUUCUCCUAUGCCAUCCUGGGGUUUGCUCUGUCUGAAGCUAUGGGACUCUUCUGUUUGAUGGUCGCUUUCCUUAUCCUGUUUGCUAUGUAAAAUCAUCCCCCUGCAACAGUUUCCUUCCACAGAUGUGACUACAUAUUUUAUUGUGGCUACCAAAAUUGUUCCGUGUUGGUGUCAUGGAAAUGUACAUUUUUCAAGUCUUUCAGACACUGUCCAAAUAAACAAAACAUGUAUUGUACAAAUGUAAGAUCUUACACAAUUAAAAUACAUGGAUUUGACUAUUUAGUAAUGGCAGUUACUUUUGUCUGGAACAUCACACUGUUCAAAUGGGAAGCGUUUAGCUUUUGUGAAUGUCAUCUUUUUCAGUGUAGGAUUUGCUUAGAUUUGCCACAAAUCUGCCUCGUUUUCACCUAGCCUUUUGGGGUCCACCUUAAUGACUUUGACAUUCAGCUGCAGUUAAUACUGUAAUUAGACAGCAAGUGGCAACUUGCUUUUGUAUAUGGCACUGAAUAAACUUAGAUGAUUUAAUUGA